UGUGGAAACGCCCAUCUCUAGUUUGCCCUGAACUCGUAAAAAAGUGUAAAAUUUGUUUACAUUAAAAAAAGGUAAAAUAGAGUACUUAAAAAGCACCUGACGUGCCCGAAAAUCCCUAUAUAGGACACCCAAAACUAAGAACCGCGUGCAUGCUUGAGGGCGUGGGCCUUGGUCAGCGCGGGGGUGGGGGAACUGGCAAUGCGAACAAAGAGCAAUUAAAGCGAUAGGGGGCAGUGAGACAGAGACAGCGAGAACUGCAGUGCUCGCCUGCUUUCUCCUCCGUCUCUCCGCCACUCUCUCCCCUGCAUUCCGCAUUCCGAUAGAGGCUGUUGUGAAACGAAAGACGCAGCAGAAGCAGCGGCGGCAGCGGACCAGUGGAGAGCAGUUCGAUGAAGUGCUUAUGAGCUCUAGCUAAGCAGCAGGACGGCAGCCAAGGAACACGGAGACAGGACGAGGUCGAGGUCCGCAACUGGAACUGGAACUGGAUCUCAGGGUGCAAGGUGCUAGGUGCAGGCUUCACAGGAAAGACUACAUACACUGGAGGGCAGCAGCAGGUGACCUAGUUUUGCUCCGCAGACGGACACUUGGAUUAGAGGACACGCUUGGCUGGCGUUUCUGUGCAACUCCUUCCUGGGGCUGUUCUGUUGUGUUAUUAUUGAACUUGGAGCAUCAACGUGCACUGCCAUUAGCUAUAAUCUUAAUAUACACUCAUCGUAGCCAUCGUAGCCAUCGUAGCCAUCGUAGCCUACCUAACGUAAUUAGCGUACUUGACUUAACGAGCAGCAUGUCCAACUCCCACUACAACAACUACCAGCAGCCGCACUCCAGCAACGGGGACAACGGCGAGUACCAGCACCAGCAGAUGGUGCACCAGCCGCAGCGGGGGUUCUCCAACGGCCACGGUGGCAUGAAGAGCGUGGCAGUGCCGGAUAUGUGCCUCUUCUGCUUCGAGGUGCUCGACUGUGAGCUGAACAACGUGGACGGGCCAGCGAUGCCGAUGUUCAGCAACGACGCCUAUCCACUGUUCGUCACCUGGAAGAUUGGUCGCGACAAGCGGUUACGCGGCUGCAUCGGCACGUUUAGCGCCAUGGAGCUGCAUCAUGGUCUGCGAGAGUACGCCCUGACCAGCGCCUUUAAGGACUCACGCUUCGCUCCCAUUUCGCGCGACGAGCUGCCAAGGCUUACGGUCUCUGUGUCGAUCCUACAGAACUUUGAGGAGGCGCAGGGACACCUGGAUUGGCAGCUCGGUGUGCAUGGGAUUCGCAUCGAGUUCCUGACGGAGCGUGGCUGCAAGCGCACGGCCACCUACCUGCCGCAGGUAGCCACCGAACAGGGCUGGGAUCAGCUGCAGACCAUCGAUUCGCUCCUGCGCAAGGGCGGCUAUCGGGCAGCAAUUACCCAGGAGAUGCGAAAGUCUAUCAAGUUAACGCGCUAUCGCUCGCAGGAGAUCCAGAUGCACUAUAAGGAGUACCGGGAGUAUCAGGAGCGGCGUGCUCAGUUCGGAAAGGUGCAGUGCUAACAAUUGGACAGGCCGGCGGCGAGACGAUGAUCCUGGCUGAGGGCAGGCCUGCUGGCCGUCGUCCUCCUGCUGCUGCUAGCCUUUGAGUUCAUCCCAGCUUGGCGGCCGUUCGCUUAAGCCGAGAGCUGAGAGCUUUCCCAGCAUCUCUUUCCAUAGCAAUUUUACGCCCUCUGCUGGUUCAUCUUCUUCGCAACGUUGGCGUACUUGAAUUGAUCGCCUUUUAAUUACUUUUAUGUAACAUUUUAAUGCUUAACAUACUUAAGCGGCAGCGAAUCCGUAAGCGACUUUCAACGGAUUGGAACUACUUUCCGACGAAGCGCCUUGCUGGUUUUCUCUUUUAAAUCAAAUACAGACACAAACUAAACAAAGCAAGCAUAUAGUAUAUAUAUAGGGUUAUAUAUUACCGAAUCCAUAUACAAUACAAAACGCAGCAGAUAUGAAAUUCAAGUAAUAUGUUCAGCAAUUAUAUAUAUUAUUAGAUUUAACAACUAAACCAAUUACAUUACUAAUUCUAAUUAUAUUCGCAUUAAAUAAAGGCCGACCCCUUCCGAGUCGCACAAGACAAUGCAAUAA